AUGAAUAUAUGGACAUCUUCUGGCGAUAGAUUAUUUACUCGUUCUAAAGUUCAUCAUAGUGAACCAAUUUUGUGUUACGCUGUAAAUCGUUCUGGUACAAUGUUAAUUACUGGCUCCAUGGAUUGUUCUUUAAAGAUUUGGCAAAUGGAUACUGGAGGGUUACUUAUACAAAUUUUGGUUGGCCAUGAAGAAGUCCCAACUUGUUGUUGUGUUAGUGAAAAUGGCCAAUUAGCAGUUAGUGGUGCUAAAGAUUUUAAAUUAAUUGUUUGGGAUAUACAAACAGGCUCUUCUCUUCAUAUUUUACAAAGAUCAGCAAUUCCCCAAUUUAUGGAAAUUAGUUUGGAUGGAAAUGUUUUUUGUUCGAAUGGCUGGAUAGAAGCUUGGAAUACUCCGACAGGAAGAUUAUUAAGUUCAUUCAAUACACAUAGAGAAAUUGAACAAUUAAUUGUUGGGGCUGAUGGGGAUAGAAUACUUGCAAAAUUGGCAAAAACAGCCCAACUUCCAAUAAUUUGUCUCCACAAUACCCCAGCCAGUUUAUCUUCAACUUCUGCCAGUCGUUAUGAACGUGUAAUUUUAAGUGGAGGUAUUGAAGGAGAAGAAGAAAAUGGGCAUAGAAAAAGUUUAGUUCCUUCAUUUCAAUCUUCUAUAACUCCUCAACCUUUAAAUUUAGAAGAAGAAGGAAAUAAUGAAGAAAGAAAAAGUUCAAUUACCCCAAUAAAUUCCUCAAAUAGAGAUAAAGAAGAACAACAAAUAAAACCUUCAACAAGUGAUCAACAACAAUUGACAAAUAAAGAAAAUAAAAAUUCUUCUUCAAAAGAAACAAUUUAUGCUGCCCCUCCAAGCGAAAUAAAUAUUAAAGAAAAAGAAAACAAUUCUCAAAAAAGGAAUAUAAAUUCUUCAACUCCAAGAAGACACCAACAACAACAUUCUUUAAUUAAAAAACAAAUUAGUUCUUCCAAUCCAGAAUCUACAAUACAAGGGGGGCCAAUAUCUACUUUAGAUCAAAAAAGGAAUUUAAAUAAUAUUAAAAAAUCGAAAUUUUGUUUGAUUAUGUGA